UAUCAUUUUCUAAUUCUGCCGUCCUCUGUAACCAAGACUCAAACAACAAGACAACUAAUACUAGUAAUUCUUUUUUGUCUUGAUGUUGUGCUGGCAACUCUGGAUUUUCCGACAGCACCAAGCUCUUCGAUUCUUCCUAUGUAUCUUUCUUCUCUGUCAAUAUCUCCCUUCCUUAAUCUUGGAAAAAGAAGAAACAUUCUCAGAAACAGAAGAACAGCCCCAAAAGCUUUAACUGUUUCACAGAUAUAUUGGUGGAGCUAUGCCCUGUUUAUCAUAUGUUGAAGUGAUAUCUCCAUUACCAUCAAGACGUCUGUUGCAGAACUCUGCAUCGAAGCAGCCUUACUCGGGCUUGUUCUUUUUUCUUGGAAGCCUCGUUAUUCUUAUAAUCCUGGUUGUUCUCAUUCUCAUCCUAUGCAAGUUUUUCAAACCAGGAAAACUGCGAGCUUUGAUUGGUCGCACAGCUAAGCCUCAAGGGACGAGUGAUGCCCUUAGUGUACAUCUUCGUACAAUAAGCUACUUUAACUUCCAUACAUUGAAGAAGGCCACGAAGAAUUUUCAUUCAAAUAACCUACUUGGAAGUGGUGGAUUUGGUCCGGUUUUCUUGGGGAAGCUAGGAGAUGGGCAGUUGAUUGCUGUCAAGAAGCUGUCUGUUGACAAAUCACAGCAAGGGGAACGGGAGUUCCUUGCAGAGGUGCGGCUAAUAACAAGCAUACAGCACAAGAAUCUGGUCCGCCUUCUCGGCUGUUGCUCAGAUGGGGCUCAGAGGCUGCUCGUCUAUGAAUACAUGAAGAAUAGGAGCUUGGACCAAAUAUUAUAUGGAAAGAGUAAUAUAUUCCUUAACUGGAAAGCUCGGCACCAGAUAAUUUUAGGGAUCGCACGAGGAUUACAGUAUCUUCAUGAGGAUUCACACAUUAGAAUUGUCCACAGGGACAUCAAAGCCAGCAAUAUUCUGUUGGAUGACAAAUUCCAACCAAGAAUUGGAGAUUUUGGCCUAGCAAGGUUUUUCCCUGAAGAUCAAGCAUAUCUCAGCACUGCAUUUGCUGGAACCUUAGGCUAUACAGCUCCUGAAUAUGCCAUUAGAGGAGAACUGACUGAAAAGGCUGAUAUAUACAGUUUUGGUGUUCUUGUCCUAGAAAUUAUCAGUUGCCGGAAGAAUACAGAUCUUUCUUUGCCUUCAGAAAUGCAAUAUCUCCCCGAAUAUGCAUGGAAGCUAUACGAAAGGUCAAGAUUAAUUGAUCUAGUUGAUCCCAAGAUGCGGGAAGAUGGCAUUGUGGAAAAGGAUGUCAUGCAAACAAUAUAUGUGGCUUUCUUAUGUCUUCAGCCGCAUGCAAAUUCAAGACCACCGAUGUCUGAGAUUGUUGCAAUGUUGAUACGCAAUGUUGCAAUAGUUGAAACACCAACUAGACCAGCUUUCUUAAAUCGAAAGAGAAGGAACGACAAGAAGCUUUCUUGGGAUACCAUAACAGAUGGUUUCCCUUCUCCUCUGCAGAGUGAUUCACCUUCAAAGUAGGGUGCUGUACGCCUCCACGGGAAGCUAAAUCAUUGAAUAUGGUUGAUCCUGAUUCUUUUUAUCUUCUGUGUGUUGUCAAUAGUAUUUGUACAUAUAUAUGUAGAAAAGAAUACAACCAAGGUUGCUUUUUCUAAUUUUCUGCAGGGAUGAGGAAUUAUAGUUUGAGUGUAUUAGUUAACAUGAUUGCAAAGUGCUUUUGGUGAUUGAAACUGCAUCGUGAACGUAAUUUCUUGAUGAGGAAGUUGCACUUUGUUUCAGAAGAAUAAGAGCAAGGAAAGGAAUAACAUCUAGUAAAAUAAGGAGAGAAAGGGAAAAGGAAUAUCAUUUACCUAUUUUUGGUUCAAUCAAAAUAG